CCCCAGAGGCUGAAGCUCUGCCUCACCUCCUCUGUGCUAGGGCUGCAGUCAUAACUGUAAUACAAUGUACAUAACAAUCAUGGCGGACAAUGAAACCCUGGAGUGUAUAACGGAGCACGAGAGGAUACUGCAGGAAAUCGAGAGCACCGACACGGCUUGUGUCGGUCCGACUCUCCGGUCUAUUUACGAUGACCAGCCCAAUGCCCACAAACGGUUUAUGGAAAAGCUGGAUGCCAGGAUAAGGAACCAUGACCGUGAGAUUGAAAAGAUGUGUAAUUUCCACCACCAAGGCUUUGUGGAUGCCAUCACCGAGCUUCUUAAAGUUCGUGCUGAUGCAGAGAAACUUAUGGGUCAAGUUACGGACACCAAUAGAAGACUACAGGAAGCAGGAAGAGAUGUAAAAGCUCAGACAGAGGAAGUGAUUCGCUGUCGGAUCCAGCAGAGGAACAUGGCCAUCACAGUGGAGAAGCUCCAGCUCUGUAUACCCGUGCUUGAAAUGUACAGCAAGUUAAAAGAGCAACUGGAUUCCAAAAGAUAUUAUGCUGCAUUGAAAACCAUGGAGCAGCUAGAGAAGGUCUACAUCCCAAGGGUCAGUCAAUACAGGUUCUGUCAGAUCAUGGCAGAAAAUCUGCCCAGACUGCGGGAGGAAAUCAAAGAUAUCUCUAUGUCAGACCUCAAGGACUUCCUGGAAAGCAUUCGAAAACAUUCAGACAAGGUUGGAGAGACUGCGAUGAGACAGGCACAGCAGCACAGGACCUUUAACAGUGCUGUAGCAAAGCAGGUCCACAUAGGCCACUACAGCAAGCCUGUAUAUUCCCUGAGCGGACGCACACACAUGCACAUUACCAACGGCCUACUGACGGAUGAUGACACUGGAGACGAGGAGGAAGGAGAUGAAGAAAUUCUUACAGCUCAGGACCUGGUGGAUUUCUCACCUGUCUACAGGUGUCUUCAUAUUUACACUGUGCUGGGUGACAGAGAAACAUUUGAGAACUACUACAGGAAACAGAGGAAGAAACAAGCCCGCCUGGUGUUGGCACCACAGGCUAACAUGCAUGAAACUGUGGAAGGCUACAGAAGAUACUUUAAUCAGAUUGUGGGGUUUUUUGUGGUGGAAGACCAUAUCCUCCAUGCGACGAGGGGGCUGGUGACCAGAGCUUUCACCGAUGAACUGUGGAACAUGGCCUUGUCCAAGAUCAUUGCUGUGCUCCGCACGAACUCUUCAUAUUGUGAUGACCCAGACCUUGUUUUGGAGCUGAAGAAUCUUAUAGUCAUAUGUGCUGACACACUUCAGGGUUAUGGUUUCCCUGUGAAUCGACUCUUUGAUCUGCUUUUUGAGGUCCGAGACCAAUACAAUGAAACACUGCUGAAGAAAUGGGCUGUGGUUUUCAGAGAGAUUUUUGAAUCAGACAACUACAGUCCUAUCCCAGUGGAAACAGAGGAAGAGUAUAAACUGGUGAUCAGUCGCUUUCCCUUCCAUGAUCCUGAGAUUGAAAAGCAGCAGGACUUUCCUAAGAAGCUGCCAAUGUCCCAAUCUGUCCCUCAGAUCUACACACAGGUCAAAGAGUUCAUUUAUGCAAGCCUCAAGUUCUCAGAGUCACUACACCGCAGUUCAACAGAGAUCGAUGACAUGUUGCGAAAAUCAACAAACUUACUGUUGACCAGAACCUUGAGCAGCUGUUUGCAAAACCUCAUUAAGAAACCGCAUAUAGGACUGACUGAGCUUGUGCAGAUCAUUAUUAACACCACUCACCUGGAGCAGGCUUGUAAAUACCUGGAGGAGUUUAUAACGAACAUCACCAAUAUUUCGCCUGAAACUGUUCACACCACAAGACUGUAUGGUCUGUCUACAUUCAAGGAUGCUCGUCAUGCUGCAGAGGGAGAGAUUUACACCAAGCUAAACCAGAAGAUUGAUGAGUUUAUUCAGCUGGCAGACUAUGAAUGGAGUAUGGCAGAGUCGGAUGGCAGAGCCUCAGGAUACCUCAUGGACCUGAUCAACUUCCUUCGUUCUACUUUUCAGGUCUUCACACAUCUUCCGAAUAACAACAAUGACCAUGGAUCAAUGUCGGGAAAAGUGGCCCAGACAGCAUGUAUGUCUGCGUGUAAGCAUCUGUCCACGUCACUUAUGCAGAUGCUCCUCGACACAGAACUCAAGCAAAUCAGUAUGGGAGCCAUACAGCAAUUCAACUUGGAUGUCAUACAGUGUGAAUUGUUUGCCAGUUCAGAGCCAGUACCUGGCUUUCAAGGUGACACGCUCCAACUGGCCUUCAUCGACUUACGACAGCUCCUAGAUCUUUUCAUGGUGUGGGAUUGGUCGACUUACCUGGCUGACUAUGGUCAGCCAAACUCUAAGUACUUGAGAGUGAACCCAGCCACUGCACUGGCUCUGCUUGAAAAAGUCUACAGGGGAAUGAAAGACACCAACAAGAAGAACAACAUCUUCUCUCAGUUCAGGAAGAACGACAGAGACAAGCAGAAGUUGAUAGAGACUGUGGUCAAACAGCUGAGAAGUCUUGUCAAUGGCAUGUCCACCUAGAAAACACAUAAACAUGUGAUCUGUAUGUGCAAUAGCCAGAUAAUAUAAGUGAAACAUGCAUGCAUUCACAUGCACACAUUGGCCCAGUGAAAAACGCCCUAAAGAACAUUUUGACUGAUAGAGAUUGGUUCUAAUACACCACAGAACCUAUGCAGAGGAUCACAUUCAACAUUCAAACAGCUCAGAGUUUACAUCCAUUUACUAGUCGCAUGGUCAUGACUGUCAGCUGAAAGCACAGCAUUACACUGUCUGUAAAAAGCAUGCAGGGAACUCCCUGCCAGGAAACAGGAAACCAUGUCCUGUCUCUGUUGUACUUGUCAGUGGAAUUCUGCUGGGUUAUGCACACACUCCAAACUAGUUACUGGACACUUUACAGGAUUGGAGAGAAACUAUUUGUCAGUGGGUCUUUUGAGACAAACUUUUCUACAUUUUUUGAAAAGGAAUGAUUGUAGUUGUGAUCUGAGACUGGUCAGUACAGGAAGUAACAACGUGUUGGGCCAACCUACUGAAAGGUCCAAAACUCCUGUACCAAAUCUGAAUAGGACAAGCUUUUAGAAACACCCAUCAAGAUCAUAAUGUUUAUUUUCAUUUGGUAGAUAUUUUCCUGAAUUUCAUUCUGAAGAGUAACAGACAUUGUUCAUCUGGAACGAUGAAGUCAUUUACAAUCCACUGAUUCAAUAUUUCACUGAUCCACAGAUUCAUAAAUGUAGUAACCAUGUGAAGGCAACAUUUCAGACUAGGUCUCAGUUAUAACUAAUCCUGUUAAGAUCUCUGGAUCUAUCUAUCAUUCAGUUAAUGUGAGCUUCUUUUUAAAAACUCAAAUAGCAAAUUAUGCAUUUACUCACACACAGAAAAUUAGGUUGUGUGUGCAUCUGUGUUUGUUUAUACAUGUAACAGAUGUAAAGUGAAUAAUUUAUUGAUUUUUUUAA